AGCCAAGCCAAGCCAGCCCUCCCUCUCCGCACCGAAACGCGCACCCCAUUUUCUCCCUCGGUUUCCUCGCGCUCCGAGUCGGGGAGAGGAGGAGCCGGAGGGGAGGAGGAGGCCCAGAUGCAGACGCCCGCCGAGAUGCCGCCGGCCGCCGCCGCUGACGACGCCGCGGCACCCAGAUCCGACCCACCGCAGCCGCCCGCCGCCCCCGAUCCCUCCCCCCCGCCGCCGCCGCCGCCCGUCGCUGCCGCGGCCGCCACCGCCGCCGAUCCACCGCCCCCGCCUCCCCCCGCGCCUGCGCAGCCGCAGCCGCAGCCGCAGGGCAAGACCGUCACGUGGAGCGAGAAGCUGACGUCGGAGUCGCCCACCCACGUGGCGGCCGCGGCCGCCGCGGAGGCCGCCGAGUCCAGCCAGUACGUCUCCCGCGGCCCCGCCGCGGCGUCGUCCAAGGGCGCGGUGGAGGCCAUGAAGGAGACGCUGUCCAGGUGGGGGAAGUCGAUGGGGGAGACGACCAAGAUGGUCGAGAGCCUCAGCCGCGACACGUGGCAGCACUUCAAGACAGGACCUAGUUUUACUGAAGCGGCUAUGGGACGGCUUGCUCAAGGAACUAAAGUCUUAGCAGAAGGUGGCUAUGAAAAAAUAUUCAGGCAAACGUUCGAGGUUCUUCCAGACGAGCAGCUGAAAAUAUCAUAUGCAUGCUAUCUAUCAACAUCUGCUGGUCCUGUCAUGGGAGUCAUGUACAUUUCUACAGCUAAAAUUGCAUUCUGCAGUGACAAUCCUCUCUCUUACAAAGCUGGAAAUAAAACUGAAUGGAGCUACUACAAGGUGGUCAUUCCUCUGCAUCAACUGAGAGCAGCAAAUCCUUCAGUGAGCAAAGUAAAUCCUGCUGAAAAGUAUAUUCAGGUUGUCUCAGUUGAGGGCCACGAGUUCUGGUUCAUGGGUUUUCUGAUGUAUGACAAAGCCGUAUCUAGUCUUCAAGAAGCCAUGGAUAGUGCUCGUGACAUGCAACCGUAGAUAACCAAAACAGAAGUUUCAGUCGAGUUGUCCUGUGUAGCAUCCUGAGGGGUACCUCCAUUUCUACGAUCGAUUUCUUUGCUUCUGAGUGGCUCCUGUUUCAAAUCCUUCGCAGCUAUGUGCUCCGGAUCCUAUUGAGACGAUACACUCACUAGCAGACUAGCUUUGCAUACGUGUUCGAAAUGUCUUUUUUGUUGUGGCCUUCCGCGUGUUGUAAUGAUGGGUUGUAUGGGAAAACACUGGAGCUGUCCUUUUUGAAUGCUUUUGUUAUCAACACUUAAAAAUGUGGCAGCAUCGGAUGUUUACGGGAACAAAUCUCUCUUCCAAGAGAACAUUUUGUAUACAACCAAAAUUUUCGUCU